GCGGACGCGCGCGCGUCCUUCUUCGCGCGCCACCGAACCGCCUUCUCCACCGCGCGAGAUGGCGGACGUGUGCCAGAUGGCCCCCGCGGUGCUGAGCCCGAUAUCCCCGAACGAGUCGCGCAAGCGGCGGCACGGGCACGGAUACGGCCCCGGCGGGGAAGACGCGGCGCCGUCGACGUGGUUCAAGCGCCACCGGACCGGGGCGUCGUUCGCGCGGCGGCUCCUGCACCUCAGGGGGUUCGCCGUGGACGUGAGACGCGCGGAGGACAUCGUCCGGUUCCUGGACCAGUUCCCGCCGGAGCUCGACAAGGACGUGUCGAGGAUUCUCGAGAAGUGCGCGGACGUCGACGACGCGGAGAAGCAGCUCACGGCGCUUCGGUUGACUUUCAGCGCGAGCGGGGGCGAGAGGGGAGGCGACGCGCCCGCGGCGGGCGUGGAGGCGGUCGCCUCCGCGGCGGCGGCGGCGAGGGACGACGGCGACGCGAGGGCGACGGCGACGGCGACGGCGACGGCGGCCGAGGGCGGUGGCGCGGCGAACGCGAGCACGUCCGCGGCGUUGAAAGCGGCGGGCGGCGCCGCCGACGCGAUCGGGGACCCUGCCGACGGCGUCGUCCUCUCCGGGGAAUGGGUCGGCGCGCUCGUGAACGAGAUGUCCGCGUCCGCGGACGUCCCGGACGCGCACGAGCGCGGGACGCGCGUGUUGAGAGCGUUCGAGACCGCGGUCAGGAACGCCGUGGCCCACGCGGCGGAAGGGGGGGCUGGGCGAGCGCGCGCGCCCCCGCGCGAGGGAUCGGAGAGCGCCGGGAACAACGCCGAGGAGCAAGCCGCGGAGCGCCGACGCGUCGCCGACGAGAACGUCAUCUUGAAGCGCGGGUUGAACAUCCAGACCCAGCGCGUGGAGCAGCUCACGAGGGCGUGCGCGACGCUUCAAGAGCAGAUGACGCAGCUGCAGCGGAACAACUACUCGCUCAGCGUGCACUUGAAGGAGGCUAUGCGCAGUCGCGGCGGCGCCUUCGACCGCCAACCGGACGUCUUUUAAAAAAAAAGGCGAGGGAGGCCGAGGGAGCGCCGCAUGUACCAACACGAAACGGAGUAUUAUCACGCACGUAGGAUUAGAUUCGAACCCGCUCGCGCGGUUGUAAUCGCACGAAACAAACGACAC